AUGGUGGCCCACGAUGAGGAGCACGACGGUCUUCUUGACGAGUUUGAGCUGCAAGAUGAAGACCAAAAGACACGGCCUAACUCGUCGCGUCGUACAGUGAGACGGUGCACCAGGUUUGUACGGCGGCGUGUUUGGUGUCUCGUAGCAGUCGCUGUCACUAUUGCGUUACUAUGCAUCAUUGGUGUCGUUUUCAUACCAGUAGCGGCAUCAGAAAGUCCUCAGCAAGGCCAUCUUGGCAUUCGAUUGCAUCCAGAUGAACACGCAUCCAGACCUCCAACAACGCUCACCUUCAACUGGACCAUCAGCGCUGGACUUAGAUCACCAGACGGCGUUGAGAAGCGAGUAUAUCUUGUCAACGAUGAGUUCCCAGGGCCAACCAUCGAGGCAAGAUCUGGAGACCGACUUGUGCUGUACAUCCACAAUGACCUUGAAACAGAGGGUGCAUCUCUGCACUGGCACGGCCUUCGGAUGAAGGACCAGAACCUGAUGGAUGGUGCUGUGGGGAUCACACAAUGUCCUAUCCCACCAGGUCAGGAUUUUGUCUACAAUUUCACUAUUGGCGACGAUGAACACGGCACCUUUUGGUGGCACAGCCAUUCCGACGUUCAACGAGCUGACGGGCUCUGGGGAGGUCUGAUCGUACAUUCCCCUCAAGAGGCAAACCCACCACUGGAAGAAUACUUGGUCAUGGUCAGUGAUUGGUUUCAUAGAAACCAGACUGAAGUCUUGGCUUGGUACGCUGAUUCCAGCAGCCGAGGAAAUGAGCCAGUUCCAGAUUCGCUGCUGGUGAAUGGGAGGGGACGUUUCGACUGCUCCAUGGCGGUUCCUGCUAGGCCAGUUGUCUGUUCUCAGAUUUCAGCACAUGAGCUUGCACCACUAUUCAAUCCAUCCAGAGAGAAGGCGAUGCGAUUGCGUUUCGCCAAUACGGGUUCAGUCGCAGGCUUCAGCGUGCAGAUAGACGGAGCGACAAUGCAGCCAGUUCACGUAGAUGGAGGAUUCAGCGUUCACGCAGAGACGAGCGAUUCCAUUGGUAUACUUUAUCCUGGUGAAAGGGUAGAUGUUGAUGUCAAGUGGGCUGAGGACUAUGUCAAGGGUCGAUGGCUGAGCAUAGACUUGGACUCUGAAAACUUUGGAUAUCCCAACCCAGCAUUGAAUCCGACACAAAGCUUUCAGAUCUUCGCAGGGAAGGGAGGCGAAUAUGACCACAAAGAGCAUCAUGCACCGAGUGAAACUCAUACCCUCAAUCUUCAAAAUCUCACCGCUGCCACGCGAGUUUCGGACAUCCCGUCUAAAGUAAAGGAGACGUUUGUCUUUUAUGCAAAAACUGAAAAGCUGUCACACUUGAAUUACGAGCCUGUCGGUUUCAUCAACCAUACAUCAUGGAAACCACAAAGCCCACCUUUACUCUCUCAAAACAGGACUGCUUGGGACGAGAACCAACUUGUUCCCUUCAUCGGCUUGUCUUUAGGCGAGCCUACCAGAGUGGACAUUAUCAUAAACAACCUCGACGACGGUGCUCAUCCCUUUCACCUCCACGGGCAUUCCUUCUACGUUCUCUCAUCCUACAGGGAUGAAGGCCGUGGUGGCUGGGGCAGCUAUAAUCCUCACUCUGGUGAACAGCCGCCAAAUGGCCUCGAUCUGGACUUUCCGCUACGCAAGGACACGAUUGGUGUUCCUCGAAGGGGCCAUGUAGUGUUGGCGUUGGUGGCGGACAAUCCAGGCAUUUGGAUGCUGCAUUGUCACAUGCUGGUUCAUAUGGCGAGGGGGAUGGCGAUGGCCUUUCAUGUUGGAAAGGCUGAAGAUAGGGAGCAUGUUACUUCAGCCAACCAUAGGUCUGGCGAGCUAUGUUGCAGAGAAACGACCUGA